UCUUUCCCCUCCAAUCCUUAAAUUCACAACAGUGGGCAGAAGCCCUCAUUCAGCCAAAGCAACACUUUAGGAUUACACCGAUUUCAAUGAAAGCAUUAUGCUUAACUCUCUCCAUCUGCAAUCGAUGGGACUUAAAGGCACUGAUGGUGCUCAAUAAUUGUAAGCUAGUCCUUGUUUAAUGUUUUCUUAAGUGGUUUUUGGUUCUCGCUUGAACCAGUCAUUAUAUGUUGGUAUCAUUUCGCGAAUGAAUGUGGUCGAAUCCACAGCCUUCCUGGAGAAAGCAUUGUCUUGUAUGAUCCCAAAGCCCGUUGUAGUUGGGUUUCCACCCCUGCCUCUAAGGCGCGUUGGUCAGGUCCUGAGCACCGAGGUCACUUAACCGGGGAACGACACUUGCCACCCAGGAAAAGUGACUCAGGCCCAGGUUAUAACUGAAGGAUCACGGGCGCUUAACUUUCCGGCUUCGACUCAACUUUGGUUAUCCGAGAACAUUCCUCCUUCUGAAAGCUGCAGGGCGGGAGACAAAGAUGCGCCGGGAGUUCAGCAACAAGAGACUUUCCCGGGGGCUUUGCUCUGGUAAGACCACGGUUCUUUGCCAAGAACAUUUCCUGUAAGGCGUGCGAGCGCCGGCGGCUCUCUUUCUUCCCACCAGGGGCACUGAGACCUUACUGUAACCUGAGCCUUCUCUUCUCUGAGAAAAGUUUCUUGUUCGCGCACAGCCCUGAGGAGGCGCUGAUAGUCUCGUUGUUACAGCAGGUCGAGCGGCUUCCUCGGGAGAAGCCCCUCAAUUGUUUCCCUUUGCAAACGUCCUUCUAAAGAGAGCGGACCGGCCGCAGGAACCUGAAGAGAUGCCCAGACAAUUUCCAAAACUAAACAUUUCUGAAGUUGAUGAGUCAGUGCGACUUCUAGCUGAGAAGGUUUUUGCCAAAGUUCUUCGAGAAGAAGACAGCAAAGAUGGCUUAUCACUCUUCAAUGUGCCUGAAGAUUGUCCUAUUGGGCAACAAGAGGCAAAAGAAAGGGAACUGCAGAAGGAGCUGGCAGAACAGCAGUCCUUGGAGACUGCUAAAAGGAAGAAAAGUUUCAAGAUGAUUCGAUCCCAGUCCUUGUCAUUACAAAUUCCACCGCAGGAAUGGAAACCUCCAUCAGCCACGCCGGUUCUCUCUCCUCCUACUCCAGUUCUUCCAGGUGUUCUUCAGCCCACCCCAGGGAUUUAUGAUGUACCAGAAUUUCAAAGGGUUACAAUUAGUGGGGAUUAUUGUGCUGGGGUUACAGUUGAUGAUUAUGAACAGGCUGCUAAGAGCUUGGCAAAAGCUCUGCUAAUUCGAGAGAAGUAUUGUCGCCUUGCUUACCAUCGUUUUCCUAGGACAACUUCACAAUAUUUAUGCAGUAUGCAGGAUAAAAAAUGGAACAUUGAAGAUGAGGUACUUCCAGAUUUCCAUCCACCUCCGAAAGAAAUGCAAGAUCCAUACAGUCUUGAGGAUGCUCCAGGGAACUUGCAUUAUGUUGUAAAGAUGAAGGGUGGCAUUUUUUUUGUUUUUGAUAAGGAAAUGAAGGAACUCGAUGAGCCUCGGAGUCUGCCUUAUCCUGAUCUACAGACGUACACCCUUGACCUCAGUCAUGUGCUUGCUCUCAUAGCAGAUGGUCCAACGAAAACAUACUGUCACCGACGGCUUAACUUUUUGGAAUCUAAGUUUGGUUUACAUGAGAUGUUGAAUGAAAUGUCCGAGCUUAAAGAACUGAAGAUCAAUCCGCAUCGUGAUUUUUACAAUGUGAGAAAGGUAGAUACUCAUAUCCAUGCAGCUGCCUGUAUGAACCAAAAACAUUUGCUGAGAUUUAUUAAGCAUACUUACAAAACUGAGCCAAAUAGGAUAGUGGGGGAGAGAAAUGGCAGAAAGAUGACUCUAAAGCACGUGUUCGAAAGUCUCCAUAUGGAUCCUUAUGACCUCACUGUAGAUUCUUUAGAUGUCCAUGCAGAUCGCCAGACAUUUCAUCGAUUUGAUAAAUUUAAUUCCAAAUAUAAUCCAGUUGGUGCAAGUGAGUUGAGGGACUUGUACUUGAAAACAGAGAACUAUCUUGGUGGUGAAUACUUUGCUCGAAUGGUGAAGGAAGUUGCUCGUGAACUAGAAGAAAGUAAAUACCAGUACGCAGAACCUCGGCUGUCUAUCUAUGGGCGUUCUCCAGAUGAAUGGCAGAACUUGGCUAAAUGGUUCAUUAGGCACAAAGUUUAUUCACCUCAUAUGCGCUGGAUAAUCCAGGUGCCUAGAAUCUAUGAUAUAUUUAGGUCAAAAAAUAUUCUACCUAGUUUUGGAAAGAUGUUGGAAAAUAUUUUCUUGCCUCUCUUUGAAGCAACUAUCAAUCCCUUGGAUCAUAAAGAGCUGCAUCUUUUCCUUAAAUAUGUGACCGGUUUUGAUAGUGUGGAUGAUGAAUCCAAACACAAUGACCACAUGUUCUCUGAGAAGAGUCCCAACCCUGAUAUUUGGACUAGUGAAAAAAAUCCUCCAUACAGUUAUUACUUAUAUUACAUGUAUGCAAACAUCAUGGUUCUCAACAAUCUUAGAAAGGAACGAGGCAUGAGCACUUUUUUGUUUCGGCCUCAUUGUGGAGAAGCUGGCUCUAUCACUCAUCUAGUAUCAGCCUUUCUAACUGCAGACAACAUUUCCCAUGGAUUACUCCUAAAGAAGAGUCCAGUUCUCCAGUAUCUGUAUUAUCUUGCACAAAUCCCCAUUGCUAUGUCUCCUCUUAGCAACAACAGCCUAUUCCUAGAAUAUUCAAAAAACCCAUUAAAGGAAUUUUUACACAAGGGUCUCCAUGUUUCUCUAUCUACAGAUGACCCUAUGCAAUUCCACUAUACAAAGGAAGCACUUAUGGAAGAAUAUGCCAUAGCCGCUCAAGUGUGGAAACUAAGCACGUGUGACCUGUGUGAAAUAGCAAGAAAUAGUGUACUACAAAGUGGUUUGUCAGAUAAGGAAAAACAGAAAUUUUUAGGUUUAAAUUAUUUCCAUGAAGGACCUGAAGGAAAUGACAUUCGAAAGACAAAUGUUGCACAGAUUCGGAUGGCUUUCAGGUAUGAGACCCUGUGCAACGAGCUGAGUUUCUUAUCGGAUGCAAUGAAGACAGAAGAGAUUAGUGCACUCUCAAAUUAGUCAUAGCUCCAAUAUCAUGAUGACUGUAUUGCAUAAGUGCCAGGACAGAAGUGUGUGAACAUAAAAGAAUUUGAACAUCAACAGAAAAGAGAGCUGCUUGGUGACCAGAACUCUCAAGUUGCAUCAGUCUGUGCAACAGAUCCAGUUUCUGCAAGCACUGUAUGUAGGUUGGAUUGCUGUAUAUAUUCUGAUGUAGGCACACAAAUCUGUUUUUAUGCUGCAUCUAAAUUGUACCCAAAAUCUAAAAUGUAUCGUGUUUGCAUUUGGGAUACAUAACAUUCUGCUUGGAAAAAAAUAGACGGAGAUGGCAGAUUCUGAUAGCACACAUGCACCUCGUUUGUCAUGCCAAGUGGUAAAUAAAGGUCUGUGGGACUUAAAUCCAUGAUAAGACUGUAGAGCAAACAACGUACAAAGAACUAUAAUGCCCCUUUCAUUUUGGAGGCUAUUUAGCAAAAAAUUGUAGUAAUUUUUUAGGGAAAUAAAAUAAUAUGACCAAAGAGCUACUACAAGUAUGUUGUAAGAAAAACUAUUGAGCACAUUUAUCUACAUUUUUAUCUUCCCCUCUGCAAAUGUUGUAAUUUUAUUCAAUACUUUAAGAGGAUACGUUGAUGAUUGGCAGCCAAUCCUGGAUGAAUGUGCUGAUUUAGUCAUGUUUGUGGUGAUGUUGGGCACCUUAUUUUAAUUUUUUAACAAAUGCUGUAACAGGUCUUAAAAGAACUGUAUUUUGAAUGUGCAGUACUAAAUAUGAGCAUAUCCUUUCACAUUUCUCCUGUGUGGUGGUAGGUCAGUUCUAUUCAGAGGUCAGUUCUAUUCAGAGGAGUGAGUAGUACUGGAAGCCUGUGAUAUUACAAGAAUAUUGGUUUGUUUAAACAUAUGUAGAUCAAACUAGAUGUGGGAUCAAGUAAGGAUAUAAAAGGUAACAUUAGCAGAAAGACCUUAUCGCACACCCCCUAAGUUGCUUCUUGCAAGCCAGUUCAAAAAUUAGAUUGCUUCUGUUUGCGCUCAGAUUCAAAACUGCCUAUCUUCUCUGAAUCCAAGUAUGUGUUCGCUUCCACUCAGGCAGGCUGGUGUGAUGUUCCUAACUGGCCUAGCUUACAAUCAGUGCAAGAGGCAACCAAUAGUUCAAAUUUGUACUGAUAGGAAAGUUCACUUUUCUAGAAUAGAUAAAUUUGGAAUACUGUGUACCGGAAUGUUUUAUUCCUAAAACAAAUAAGUUGGUAAAAUGUGUUACAAAUUUUCCUUUUGUGGUUUAAAAAUAAUUUUGGGGGGAUAGUAAUUUCUUUAUGGUAUAAGUGCAUUAUUCACACAGUGCUUUAAAAACGAGCCAUGUCAAUUGCAUUUUGUGUACAAAGUUCAGUGAUGUGUUCUAAGGCUAGCAGUGUCAGUUUGACACCUUGAAUUCACAUUCCUUACAAACUUCCUACUAGGCAAUACACUUGUUAUAAUAAGUGCGCUUAUAUACCAACCUUCUAAACAGAUUAGUUUCCACUCAGAGCAGUGAACAAUGUGUUAUUAUUAUCCCCACAAUACAGCUGGGGUGCAGAGGCUGAGAGGAGUGGCUUACUUAAACCCACCUGCAGAACUCAUGGCAGUAGUGAAAGUCGGACAAGCAGAAUGCUGAUUUGCAACCCAAGCACUUAACCACUAUUAGUAUGCAGUCAAACAAGUCUAUUCAUACAAAAGAAGCCCUAUUGUUUUACGUGUUUCCCUACUAUUCUCUACUCGCCUUGGGGCAAAAUGGCAGUUACAUGCUAGGUAGCUGUUUUGCUUUUCCCAAGAGUCUGAAUGCAGGCAUGGGACAGGCUCAGGGGAUCCUGUACUUUUGGUAAGAGCAUGUUUCCAAGUUUUUCUGAAAUCUCUGCAUUUUUGUAUCUUGUAUUGAUUCAGUGGCAGAAACAGCUUUUAUGGUCCAUUUCCCUUUCUUCAAUUCUCUCUCUCUCUCUCUCUCUCUCUGGCUGUGCUCUUACCUAGGAAAGGUCAUUUCUUCCAGACCUUCAUCUCUAUUUAUUCUUAAUUUUAAUAAAAUAUUUAUAUCCUGCUUUUCCUUAUGGAUCAAGGCAGCUUAAAAUUCAUAGUCAAAUCAUUGCAAUUUCAAACCAACAGAAUAAGCCGAUGUAUCACCACCCUGCCUAUAGUUUAUAUCCCAUUAUCAAGCAUUUGUUAACAAAAUGGCCUGGUAGCACCUCCUCAAGAUUUCCUUUACCUCAGGAGCUCCAACAAACACAAGAAGACAGUUAAUACUUCUGUCUGGAUUAAAUUAUUGCCCACAGGUGAUACAAUCCUCCUUUUAAGAACGUAAGAUGAGCCCUCCUGCAUCCAACCAGUGGUCCAUCAAGCCCAGCAUCCUACCUUACAAAGUGGCAAACCAGUUAUUUUGGAGGGCCAACAACAGGGCAUACAGGCCAAGGCUUUCCCCUGACAUUGCCUCCAUGCACUAGUAUUCAGAAGUUUACUGCCUGUGAAUGUGGGCAUUUCCUUUAGACACCAUGGUUAGUAACCACUGAUAGACCCUAUCCUCCAUUAAUCUGUCUACUCCCCUUUUAAAGUCUCUGUGCCUGAGAACAUCACUAAAUCCUCUGGCAGUGAACUCCACAUUUUAAUCACUGUAAAGAAGUAUUUCUUUUUGUCCAUCCUGAAUCUGCUGCCCAACAACUUCUCUGAAUGCCCUAACAUUUUAGGAGAGGGAGAAAAAGUUCUCUUUCCACUCUUUCUUCCCCAUGCAUAAUUUUAUAAACCUCUAAUGUCCCCCACCCCUUUAGCCCUUUCUUUUAUAAACUGUAAAAGUCCUAGAUUCUUCAGACUUUCCUCAUAGGAAAAGUGCCUCAACCCCUUAAUCAUCUUGAAUGCUCUCUUCUAUGCUUUUCCCCACUCUGCAAUGCCUUUUUUGAGAUAUGGUGACCAGAAUUGCACACAGUAUUCCAAAUGAGGCUGCACCAUAGAUCAGGGGCAUUAUGAUAUUAGCUAUUUCAUUUUCAGUCCCUUUCCUAAUAAUCCCUCACAUAGAUUUUGCCUUUUUCCACUGCUGGUUUGACAUAUUGAGCUAUCCAUUACAGCCCCAAGAUCUUUCUCUCUCAGGUCAGACUCCAUUGGCAUUGAAAUUGGGAUUUUUUUUCUAGUGUACAUCACUUUACACUAACUACAUUGAUCUUCAUUUGCCCCAUUGUUGUCCACUCACCCAAUUUAUGGAGACCCUCCCAGAGCUCUUCACCAUCAGCCUUGGUUUUCUUUCCUGAGUAAUUUUUUGUUAUCUGCAAACUCGGCCACUACUCUGCUCACCCCCCAUUCCAAAUUAUUUAUGAACAACUUAAAUAGUACUGGCCUCAGUACUGAAUCUUGUGGGAUUCCACUGCUUACUUCCCUCCAUUGCAAGAAUGGAAAAGGGGUUGGCUCUGGUUGAUGCCAGUGGAACUAAUUUAAUAUUAAAUAUCCAUUGUUACUAGGAGUUUUUGAGUCAUAUUUGUUUUUGUUUGAAAUGGACUUGCUGUAAGUUACUGAAAAUACUGUAUUGUGGAAUUAGCAUCUUAACAUUUUGAUUCUGUGUCAUAGGGUACAUAUAUACAUGUUCCAAAGCUGUACGCUUUACUGAUUACCUUGUUUUUAACUGGAAACAAUAUUUUCAUUGUGAAAUAUAAUCUUCAUUUGAUUUCUUAUGCUGUUUUGACUGAUGUUCUCAAGAUUACCUAUAUUCUAUCACAACCCAAUAGAAAAGGCCUUCUCACACAACUUGGAUGCAAAAGGACUUUUGCCAUCUGCAGCUUGUCAGAACCAGUACAAAGGAUUGACAUCCUGGAUCUCCCUCUGUUGCAACCCAUUAGUGUACACACAUUAGGUAAAUAAACUUGUCAUUUUAGUUCAGUUGCUGUAGCAGAAACACCUUAUCUAUAAUGCCUGUCCAACAUCUCUGCUUACUGUACCUUUCCCAGAACUAACAGACUAUUUUUUAUCUUGAACAUGUGGUAAAGUAUACUGACACAAAUAGGCCUACGCUCCAUAGCAGCUUCUUUUUUGCAGCGCGCUGGUCAGGAUACUGUAUCCUAAACAUUUAUGCUUCCUGCUUGAGUACUUUUUAUGUGAUCACUAAGAACAAGGAAAACAUGGCUCCUAUGACAAUAAAAUAUUUGAAAGCAUUAAUUUGCUUUCUGUUAUUUGAUCGAUGCUUGAGCUCAGUAUUAAGAAGAGUGCCUCUUUUCUGCCAUCCUGUUGUGAUACUGAUUAAAGAAUGUUUUCUGUAGUUAUGUUAGAGGCAAUACAAUAGCUACUCAUAGAAUAUUCUGUGGGAAACACAGAAUUAAAAGGCUAACUUUACUGGGGGAUGGAGGAGAGAGAAUAAGACUUUGUUAUCUAACUGGGUUAUUUUGAAGCUGUAGAUUAGCUGCUAACACUUAAUGAAAAAGGGGUUUGCUUAUUUUUUAUGAUUUAAUAUUUCCUACAUUUGAAGCAAAAAGGCCAACAACAUAUAUACUGGCUCUGUGAUACCCCUUAGGCUACUUUUCUUGCCUGAUUUAAAAACGAAAGAUGCUUGAUUUGAAUGUGUGCAUUUUCCUAACAAAUAUUUGCAAAUAUAUGUAGCAUGAAGCAUAAUAUUAUAAAAUGAGGAAUGUUACAUAAAACACAUUAAAAUGUCUU